UAUGAAAAAAUGACACCUUUUUAUGGAUUGUCCAAGCAUCACUCUCUCCAUUUUGGUUUUUCAUGAACAACUAGCAACCACCCUUUUUUCUAAGAUGGCAAUGAGCAACAAUGUGAUCGGAUGCAUAAACUUCGUGGCCGUGAUCCUCUCAAUCCCGAUCAUCGGCGCCGGAAUCUGGCUAACAAACGGGGAUGCCGAUUCAUGCGUCCAGUUCCUGCAAUGGCCCGUCAUCAUCCUCGGAGUCCUCAUCCUCGUCGUGGCCCUUGCAGGUUUCAUCGGAGCCUUCUUCAGAGUCUCGUGGCUCCUCAUCGUUUACCUCGUUGCCAUGCUCGUCCUCGUCAUACUCUUAGUGUCUUUGGUCGCUUUUGUUUACAUGGUCACGCUUCGGGGACACGGCAACAUCGAACCUAACCGCGCUUACUUGGAGUACCGCAUGGAUGAUUUUUCUGGCUACCUUCGUCGUAGGGUUAGAAGCUCGUUCAAGUGGGACCGCAUCAGAAGCUGUCUUAGCCAAACCAACAUGUGCGCUGAGCUUAACCAGAGUUAUAGAAUGGCUCAGGACUUCUUCAACGCUCGUCUAACGCCCAUGCAGUCAGGGUGCUGCAAGCCACCAACGCAAUGUGCGUACACGUUUGUGAAUCCAACCUAUUGGAUUAGCCCCAUCAACACUGCAGCAGAUAUGGAUUGCCUGCAAUGGAGCAACGACCAAACACAACUUUGCUACAACUGCGACUCGUGCAAGGCCGGUUUAUUGGCAAAUCUUAGGAAGGAGUGGAGAAGGGCCAAUGUGAUAUUAAUCAUCACAGUCAUUGUUUUAAUAAUUGUGUAUUUGGUAGGGUGCUGUGCCUUUAGGAAUGUCAAAACUGAGGACCUCUUCCGCAAAUACAAACAAGGCUACACUUGAAAAGCUUUAGGUUCAAUGUGUGUGUGUGUGUGUUUUUUUUUUUUAUAAAUGUUAGUUUUUUUUAUUAGUAAAGAGGAUUAAAUCUGCAAUUUCUCUUA